AGUUGAUAAAAACAAGUUGUACGGCCGAUUAAACCGUAUAUUAGACUUCGUUCUGUAUUUGUAUCUUCUGUUCGAUUUAUAAACAUGACUUCUUAUACAGUUUUUCUGGUUUUUACGAUAUGUUUGGGAACAUUGUUCAGUUAUAGUUUGGCUUGUAGUGAAAUUAUACAAAAUGUGUCUAUUGAAGUGGAAGAUAAAGAUGGAGAGUGGUCUAAUAUAACUUUGAAUGGAUGCAUACAAAGAUCAAAUCUUAAUGGUAUAACAGUCAAGGAGAUUCGUAUUAGACAUCAAAACAUUUCCAAAUUGGGCAAAGAUUACGUGAAGCAUUUGAUCAAAUUGGAUACUUUGGUAUUUGAAGAUUGUCAAAUCGAGUCAAUAGCACAAGGAGCUCUGAGAAAUUUACCAGUCAUCAGACAUGUUGAAAUUACGCACAAUCCUAUUAAAAAAAUUACUGGAGGUAUAUUUGACGUAUUUGACACAAUCAAGGUUCUAAGACUGAACAACAACCAAAUAAAUUACAUUACCGAUGAAGCUCUAUCAAAUAUGACGGUAACCGAAGUAAAUUUUAGUCACAACAAUUUCUCAAUAUGGAAAAGCGUUUGGUUCGCUCAUUCACCUUACAUCGAGAAACUGGAUUUUUCUUUCAACGUCAUUACAGCUGUACCGAAACGAGCAUUUGACGGAAUGCCUGUACUGAAAGAACUUAACUUCGAACAUAAUAAAAUAUCCGCCAUAGGUUCCGGUGCCUUUAGAAAAUUAUCGUCGCUACAAGUUUUAAAUUUGCGCAGUAAUGUUUUAACAACAAUUAAUGUCGAUGUAUUUGGUGAUAGAAUAUCGAUAAACAGUAUGAAUUUGGCUUCCAAUCGCUUUAACGAUAUACCAAUUGAUAUUUUUGGAAAGUUGAAACUAAAAGAAAUUUCACUCAGUCGCAAUCCAUGGAUAUGUCCUUGUUUAAAUAAAUUAUAUAAUUUGUUGUUUAAUAAAAGGGUUAAAGUUGUGCCGGCCGAUAGUUGCAAGCUAGAUCAUUUACCGAUUUGUAUUGUAAAUGACGUAUGCGGAUUUCCUCAAAGUAAUAGAGGCAUUGUACAGUUUUAUAGUAUCAUAGAUAAAUUGCAAGAUGUUGAUAGAGAAUGCAUUGGGUAUCAAUGAUAUAGAUAGAUGUUAUAUUCUAAUGCAUUAUCAAUAGAAAUAUUCUGCUUUACUCUUCUUACUUCAUUUGUACCGUUACCACAUCCAUACCGUUGACAUCAACAACAGAAUACCCUCUUUUUUGGAAAUUUAUUUGUCCGUACAAAGACUCUGGAUACGAAGAUCAGAUUCAUUGGUCCGUACUACAUUAUGUAAGCCAGUCAAGGUUCACUGUCUGUGAUAUCAGUCAAUUUUUUGGCUUUUUUGCCAACCCGAAAAAGUCAUUCUAGAAGUAAGAAAAUGAACCAUGAGCCAAGGUGCAAACAAAUCAGACAGUCAAACUCUGAAAAGGCAUUAAUAUAAAUAAAAAUCUACAAUACAUCAAAACUUAUAUGUUUGUAUACAUUAUUUAUCGUUUUUCUCUCGUUUUCACAGAGUUUUAUUCAUUUAUAGGUAGCAAGUAGGUAGUAGAGACCAAGUGAUUGACAAACAACUACUUUCACAUGGCACUAACGUCAUCUACAUGAUUUGUUUUAAACUAAGUCGGUUUGUUAUAGUUAUCUCACCCGAAAUGGGUUCGAAAUAAUAUUUAAAUUUCAAAUGGUUUGUGAAGGGAAUGUCAUAUGGCGCUAUAGAGUUUUAAUGAUCAACGUAACCUCUUUGUUUCAUAUAACCUAACCUUGUUCAAAUAUGAAUUCAUACUCGCUCUAUAACACUCAUUAAUAUUUAUACUCUAUAAAAUUUAAUUUGGGUAUUAAACAUUUUAUAAAACAUACGAAUAGCAUAUCAAGAGUAUACUAAUCGAAAAAAGCCUUCGCGUAUUAUUAAUAUAGUUGUUGAUUUACCAAUGUAUCGAGAUAAAAGUUCAAUGAAAGUUUCAUUGGGUAUGGGUAUCGAUCUAAAUAUCGAUGGUUUCACGAAAACAUCGAUGUUUCUUCAAUCGAUGAUUUUCUAUAGAUAUUUUGCAGUUAUCGAUGGUUUCAAAUAAACAUCGAUGUUUUGGUAAUUUCAAUAAUUCCUAGUUGUUGAAAAGCUACUUCAAUUAAUAAAUUUCAAAUUUACCAAGAUUAAUUAUUUCAUUAUUUGACUCCCCUCCCAUAAAUAAAGAAGUUUGUGGAACAGGUGUACGUUUGGAGUGAAUUCAGAUCAGAAACAAUCGAUAGAUAAAUCAAUGCCCGAAGAACUGUCGUUAUACUUAAAUUCCCCAAACGAAAAGAUUCAGCAGUACCCUCUGGCUUCCUGGAAAAUGACUUACCCUACUAUUUUUCAAGUAGAAUUCAAAUAUGUGCCUGUAAUGGCCACUUCCGUUCCAUCUGAGCAUCCAUUCUCCCAAGCAGAUCUGAUUUAGAACUCUCUCAGAAAUCGCCUCUCAAAGGAUAUGGCUGCGAGACUUAUUUUUCUGAAUGAACUAGAUGACAAAUUUUGAAAAAUUCAAUACCCAAUAUUUUAAUAUCAAAAUUUUUAUCUUUUUAAUAUUAAUUGAUUAAUUGUUCUAUAUUGUUUUUUUUUGUUUUUAAUUAUGAUUACAACUUAAAUUGUAAAAUUUAUUUCGUUUUAAUAAAGUUUGUUUUGAAGAUCAUAA